GCAAUGGAUCGCUGUCCUCCACGACUAUUUCCCAGUACGCCCUGGGAGUAAAAAACGAAGCAACAUUUGUUUUCUUUGGUCAUCUGCUGCAUGUACAACGGAGAAUGCCAGGUCAGCAAGAUUGCAUCGGUGCCGCUUCUGGGCAUUAAUGAAUGACUACCCGGGAUUGGCUGCUCGCAAGAAGUCCUGCUGCCUAACAAUUCCUUGUUCCCAUCUUCUACGACUUUCUCGAUCAUCUAGAAUGAAUCUUCAAGGCUUUAGAUGAAAGAAUAAUUUUUACCAUCCUUUUCCGAAGAUAUAUACACACACAUUCAUACGAUCUUGUGUCCGUCGACGAGCACUUUCUUGUCUUGAAAGAUGGAUGAAUCGUUUCCCCGCUCAAGCCCCCUUCUUAGGGAUCUUGCGGCUGCCACCAAACAAAGACAGCCUGAUGGGACGACUCAAGAUUAUGUUGACCAAGGCUUUGCUAUUAUCAUAAAUGCCUCCGAGUACCACAAAAAACUUCAAGAGAAGGCUGUCAGGCAAGAGUUCAUCCUGCAACGCGAUUACAUGGACAAAAGGUUCGAGACCGUUGAAGAACGUAUUGAAAUGGUCGACCGUGGGCUUCAAAGCCAUAUGGAUGAUCAGUAUAGGGGUGUGAACCGUCGAUUCGAGAAAGUCGAAAAGAAAUUGGAGAGUAUGGAGCAAAAGAUGGACAAGAAAUUGGAGAGUAUGGAGCAAAGGAUGGACAAGAAAUUUGGAGGUAUGGAGCAAAGGAUGGACAAGAAAUUUGGAGAACUCGAAGCUGCAAUUCAUGAUUUUCGUGCUAUGGCUGUAAAUGGGAACGCAGACAGAGGCAUAAAGACUUUGCAACCAGUUGGCGUAUACCAUCCAAAUCGUGGAUAUUUUGUUCCAGAAAAUUUUCCUCGAACCGUGGGGGAGUUCUGGAAAUUAAAGAGGACGUCUAAAUUACCUCAGUUAAUAUCUCUGUGUUUGUUCUAUGGGAUCACCCGUGAAGAGCUUACUGGGCUUGAUAUGGACGAGGACACCAAGGAAACUGAAGCAUAUACCUCCCUAACACUAAAGCAGUUGAUCGAAAAGUACCCAGAUUUAGCCCACAUGGCAUUGGCUGAUCGAUUCGGGCUUAAGUACGCUGUUGUGGCAGAAUUCAUGAAACGACUAGAAGAAUUUAGGGAUCAGUCCACAGGCAAAAGAUCCGUUAUAGACCAAGGAACCGAAGCAACUAGGAAAUCUGCUCGGAUUGAACGUUCACGACAGGGUGAUGCUAACAUCGAACGCGGAUCACAUAAAGCUACUCUUGAAAAUACACCAUCCACCGUCGAGUCUAUUCGUUCGGAUAGGACUCAGCUGGGCUGGGCCAAAACCAGUGAACGAGAAAAAUUCGAUGCGUAUAUGGCUGAGAUAAAUGAAAGAAGAGAGCGGGAAGAAGAUCAAAAGCUGGAGGCAGAGCGCAUCGCUGCCCUCCCUUAUCAAGUUAUACCUGCUGCUGGCGUGUUAGAUUCGACGAAGCAAAGUCCUUCAAAGAACCCUUCAGAUUCGAAUACCUCCAGCCGAGCUGGGAGUGUACAAGAGCGAGAAUCCGAAGUUGCAAAGAGCCCAGAGCCUGGCGACACACAGAGCCAAAGGACUGUCUCCACAGAGCUUAUUGAGUCUCCAGCUAGGUCACGGCGUACCCAGCUCCAGCCUGCCUUCCGCCCGAAAUCUACCAAAAGCCAGCGCAGCGCGAAGGGGAUGAAGGAAUAG